AUGACCUCCUGGCUGUCCAGGGCGGCAAGGAAGCGUUUGGAAAGCAUCGCGGAGGCCACCAGGUCCCCGUACGGUGCGCCCGAAGGCGAAGGGCCGGGACCAGAACACGCGAAGAAGAGGAAGGCGUCCAUUUUCGGCCCUAAACAUGAGCAUGAGGCUGCAUUGUCUGGCCCGUGGAGGGGAAUGGUUGGAAGAGCGGUUGCGGAAGCGAAGCCGCAGGCACCUAACGAUGUCCAAGCAGAAGUCACGGAAUCCACACAAGUGAAUUGCAGGCCUCCUGAGGUACAAACUGCCGGGGAAGGUGGUGAGAUAUCUUCGCAUGGACAUCAAGAAGACUCACAAAAGCAAUUGUCCCACUGGCGACGCAGAUUUCUGGCAUACAAUUCUGGUACCACUGAGCACAGCCGCCUGUCCAAUGCUCCCUCCCUAAAACCCAAAGACCAUGGCACAAGCGGAGGUGGCAGUCACAGUCCACGCACAGAACAACACCGCGAGGUGAUGGGCGUUGCCAGAAGCGUGGUGGAUGUGGACAUCUGCAUGCCUCAAAGCGGAGACGAAGACAGCCUGUGGGAUUCGCCAAAAGCAAAUGAGCUGAAAGAUGGGAUGCUGGGGGACAGAUUCGAACACAAACGGGAAAGGAGAAAGAGGCUGACCGCCAAGGGUGACAAGAGAGCCCAGGCACAAGGGUGUGCUGGCCCCCAGGGAGGGAGGGCAAGGUCACCUGAGAGUGGACAAAGGAGAGAUUGGGGCAACGUUUUGGGUGGCAUAUCUGUGGGCUGUGGGUCUCCACAAACUGAACAGCCCUGGAGCCAACUUGAUAAUCCUAAGCGGCCCCUUGUGGUUGUGGGCGAUGACAAAGGGAACUUGCUUCUUGGAGAAGAAGGUUCGCAAAAAUUGGAGGUGCCCACAGCAAUAAACAGAUACUUGCGUGAAUACCAGAGGGAUGGUGUUCGUUUCUUGUGCCGCCAAUUUUUUAAGCAGCAAGGAGGAAUCUUGGCUGACGAUAUGGGCCUUGGAAAGACGAUUCAAACAAUCGCUUUCAUAGCGGGUCUGCUGGCACGUGAUGAAGGUGACAAAGGACCUGUGCUGGUGGUGUGCCCGUCUUCAUUGCUGGAUAACUGGGCACGAGAAUUUGGCACGUGGGGUUCGUUCAAGCUGGGGCUGUGCCACGGAACAAUGCGUGAGUCUAUCCUCAGAGACGCAAUGUCCAUGGACAUUGAGGUGGUGGUCGUGAGCUACGACAUAUUUCGACUGCACAAGGAAGAAUUUUAUAGGGUGCCAUGGCUGGCUGCCUUCUUCGACGAAGUCCACAGGCUGAAAUCUGGCAAGUCGCAGGUGUAUGCAGCUUGCGAUGGGAUUCCCACUCGACUGCGCUAUGGCCUCACAGGCACUGUGAUGCAGAACAAUUUUGACGAACUUUUCUGCCUGAUGGACUGGGCAGUUUCAGGCUGCCUUGGCACAAAGAAGCACUUCCGGGAACACUAUGCGAAGCCAGUGCAGAUGGGGCAGAAGGCAGACAGCACUGAUGCACAGCGCAGGCAGGCAAAAAGACGGCAGUUGAAGCUUGUUCAGAAGCUAACAAACGUCAUGCUGAGACGGACGAAACACAUCAUAGCACACCAGCUCCCCAAGAAGACAGACAGCAUCGUGUUCUGUGAGAUGAGUCAAGUACAAAUCAGGGCAUACCAGAGGGUCAUAAACAGUCCAGAUGCUCAGCUGCUGGUCCACCAUGAUGAACCAUGCACAUGCAGUUCAGGGAAACCACGUGCCAAGUGCUGCCACAAGCACGCCAAAGAGAAGGAUGGUGGAGUCCUUUGGCCGCAGUUGCAUUGCUGUCAAUGCCACAAUGCUUAUGAUCCCAUCAGCAAUCGUGAUGGCUGUCGUAGGCACAAACCGGAUGGUUGUGCAGCUGGUCAGGAAUCAGGUAAGGGACUGGAUUGCCCAUUCUGCUUGGUCUUUCCUCUUCUGUCCAUCCUCAGGAAGAUCUCCAACCACCUGGAGCUGAUCAAGGUGCACAGCAGGGAUGACAAGCACCAGAUUGCACGAGAGUGCAAGAUCGCCAGCAUGGUUCUGGGAGAAGAUGCUGAAGAACUUGGUGGUGUGGAGGAGCAGCAGGAGUUCCUGUCCGUGAGCGAUUCCACUAGCUGUGGAAAACUUGCAGCACUGGAGCAGCUGCUGGUGCAAUGGCAUCAACAACAUGACAAGGUUCUGGUUUUCAGCCUCUCUGUGAGGCUCUUAGGCAUUAUCGAGCGGGUGGUGAUUCGUCGAGGCUACGAGUACACCAAGCUGUCUGGCUCCACGCCAGUGAAGGAGCGCCAGUCACUCGUGGACCAGUUCAACGAGAGGCCGUCGCUGUUUGUGUUCCUCGUGUCCACAACAGCCGGCGGGCUUGGCCUAAACCUCACGUCUGCAAAUAGGGUUGUCAUCUUUGAUCCGAGCUGGAACCCUGCCCACGAUCUGCAGGCUCAGGACCGGGCCUUCCGCAUCGGCCAGCGGCGGGAUGUGACCGUGUACCGCCUGAUCGCUGCCGGCACCGUGGAGGAGCUCGUCUACACGCGGCAGAUCUACAAGCAGCAGCAGAGCAACCUGGUGAUCGCCGGCGGCGAGGAGCGGCGCUACUUCGAGGGCGUGCAGGGGGUGAAGGACAUGAAGGGGGAGCUGUGGGGCGUGGGAAACCUGCUGAAGCUGGCCGCCGACAGCCUGAUGACAAAGGCCGUGCUGGACGGAGGGGCCCACGGCAGGCGGUGCGAAAUCAAGGAGGUCAAAAUCGAGGCCGAGGCGGGCCCUGGGCUGGGCUCGGAGGACAGGGCGAGCUGGGGAUUGGACGACCUGUGGGGGGAGGGCAGGCCGGAGGACGGUGGCCUGGGGGAUCUGGCGCGCAUGCUCGUGCAUGGCGAGUCCCCGGACAAGAGGGCCGGCGGGCCCGCCGCGGAGGCCACCGCCGCGUCGCUGCGCGGCUGCGAGGCGGUCCUGUACUGCCAUCAGCACGACGACAUCGUGGGCGUGUCCAAACAGGAGGACUGCAAUGGCGGCGUUGUUUCGCCGCCUGACGCGACUGGGUGCAUGUCGCCGCUGGCGGAUGGGACGGACGAGGGAUCUGUAACACUUCAGGAUUGCGGCCGGCCUUCGCGUGCGGGUGACGCCCAGGGAGCUACGGAUUUGGGGCACGUUGACGGCUGGGCCUACUCGCUUCGGGCAAAGCCGCCUUCUGGUGCAUCCGCCAUGGGGCCAGGCGGGCGACGCUUGAUCAGCAAAAGGGUGACAACACGUGAUCCGCCAGGGCCGCGGCGGGAGAGUGACAGCGAUCACGGUUCGACCCACGACCUCUCGAUGCUGGCGCUGACGUCUCUCGCCGCUUGGUGCGGAAGCAACCCCACUGAGAUGGCCCAUAGGCUGUUGGACAUGACGCAGAGUGAACGGAGACAGCUCAUGAUGGAGUACGCUCACGACGGCUCGAAUCCUCCCUGA